GGCGCACAGAGUGCCCUGGGGGAUGGUUAAUGGUUACUAGCCCUCGGGGCAGGGCGGGAGGGGGGAUGCGGCUCUGUGUAAGUUCAGCCCAGGGAAGGGCAGCUGCAGCACAGAUAGUAAAACAGUGUUAGACGGCACCCGAGUCAGUUUCUUUGAAAUUGUGACCAAAGCUGCUUUCGCUCCACGUGGCUACAGAGCACCAGAUUUUAUUGGGUCAGAGGACGCUUUUGUGAAUUUCCCCGAGAGUCACACUCUCAAUCUAGCGAAAAGAGACGCUGGCGGUGAUCUUUACCUUUCCUGCCAAAGUCCUUCGUUUGGCCACACAGGGGAACUCAGUGAAAUGCAGAAAUUGAGGCAUCGAUGUUGAAAGCCUAUGGAGGGUCGAGCAAAAUGAAUUACCAAACGUCGACUGCGUACUAUGACAUUGAUUAUGGGACGUCAGAGCCCUGUCAGAAGACCAACGUGAGACAGAUCGCAGCCGGGCUCCUGCCUCCGCUCUACUCGCUGGUGUUCAUCUUCGGCUUCGUGGGCAACAUGCUGGUUGUCCUCAUUCUCAUCAACUGCAAAAGGCUGAAGAGCAUGACGGACAUCUACCUGCUCAAUUUGGCCAUCUCCGACCUGCUCUUCCUUCUCACCAUCCCGUUCUGGGCCCACUACGCUGCAGACCAGUGGGUCUUUGGAAAUAGGAUGUGUCAGCUUUUGACGGGGCUCUAUUAUAUAGGCUUCUUCACUGGCAUCUUCUUCAUCAUCCUCCUGACCAUCGACAGGUACCUGGCAAUCGUCCACGCGGUGUUUGCCCUAAAGGCCCGGACGGUCACCUUUGGGGUGGUGACAAGCGGGGUCACCUGGGUGGUGGCCGUGUUCGCCUCUCUCCCCGGGAUCAUCUUCACCAGAUCCCAAAAAGAGGGGUCUCGCUUUACCUGCAGCCCCCACUUCCCACCCAGUCAGUACCGUUUCUGGAAGAACUUCCUGACGUUGAAGAUGAGCAUCUUGGGCCUGGUCCUGCCCCUGCUCGUCAUGGUCAUCUGCUAUUCGGCCAUCCUCAAGACCCUGCUCCGGUGCCGAAACGAAAAGAAGAGGCACAAGGCCGUGAGGCUCAUUUUCGUGAUCAUGAUUGUUUACUUUCUUUUCUGGGCUCCCUACAACAUCGUGCUUCUCCUGAGCACCUUCCAGGAGUCCUUCGGCCUGAACAAUUGCAGCAGCUCCAAUAGGCUAGACCAAGCCAUGCAGGUGACAGAGACGCUUGGGAUGACGCACUGUUGCAUCAACCCCGUCAUCUAUGCCUUCGUCGGGGAGAAGUUCAGAAACUACCUCUUGGAGUUUUUCCGAAAGCACAUCGCCAGACGCUUCUGUAAACGCUGCCCAGUCUUCCUGGGAGAUGUCUCCGAGAGAGCAAGCUCGGUUUACACUCGAUCCACUGGGGAACAGGAGAUCUCUGUCGGCUUGUGACCUGGAUUAGGUCUUUGUACACAGCCUGGGAGUGGGAGUGGUUCUUUUGAAAAGGAAGUCACUGUCAUAGAGGGUCUAUGAUUCAUCCAUCUGGCACCUCUUUUUUUUAAGUAUAUUAGAUCAUUUGAGGCCAUCACUUCCGGAGAGCCAAAUCAAUAUACGCGGAUGAUGUAACAACCUUCUCAUCUCGGCUCCACGCACAUCAACUUAUUGGCACACUCUCCCUUCACUGCGGAAGUUCAUUAUUAAAAAAAAAAAAAAAAAAGAAUCCUCGGAGAACUGCUGAUUCUUGAGUUUGGUUAACCUGAACAGGAAUACCAAAAUUAAUCAAUAAACAUAUUGUAUAGUUUCUUAGCUGGAGGCAACAAGGGCAGGUUGCAAAUGUGCUCGAAGCAGGUCCUUGUCGUGAUCGGUUCAGAAACGACGUCUUCCAAGUGUGGUUGGUCAAGUUCCACAGAUGUUCAGGACCAGGUGAGAACUGGGAGAGCUUCCUCAGUGAGAAGGGGAUCCUCUGCUGGGAGAGGGGAGGGAGGCUGAGCUCCAAGCUGCAGACCCCACACCCGUGGAGUGGCUUGGCAGCUGCGGGAGGACUGGUGCUAGCUGGGGAAGGCAAGGUGAGCCUGGACCAUGGAGAGCGUGCACAGCACCACUUGUCAAAGUCAGAGCCUGGACUGUCCAGGAGCACAUCCAGGUGAGGACUGAUUACAUAGUUAAUGAACGCGCAGAGCUUUCUAAGCAUUGAGUUAAGAGACCCCCGGGGCAGGGAGGGAAGCCUGAGUGAGUAAAUUUCUGCCCUCCCGGGGCACACCACGGCUUAAACAUUGUCUUCUGGAUUCAACUCUGUAGGCAGAAGGCAGAAGGAACGGAUUCAUUUGGAAACAGGCCGCCCGCAGCUUGAUCAGCCACAAAAAGCACAAUUUACAGACCUUUGUGUUUCGGGCUGAGUGUGGUGGCUUUAGCCACUCCUUCCAGCUGCUGCCUUCUACAGACACAUCGUCCCCAAACACUCAGGGAUCUUUUCCGGAGAGAGUCAUGACUUCAUGUUCUGCAGUUGCUACUUUUAUUAUUCUGUACCUGCCUGAGAUGGUUUUGAAUCUGAGGAGUAGCUAAGACCAUUCGGGAAAGAUCAGGUGAUGGAACGUAAAGAAGGGAGGGUCACUCGAGAGGGUAAGGUGUCACAAUAGUGAGAGGUGCUCCGGAUUUUUCUGAAGCUCUGAAAGACGAGACUUGAGAGCAUGGGCGGCAACAGGAAGCACCCAGAAAUGCUCUGAAGGUUGUUACAAGGGCAUCAGUAUCUUAUGACCCUAGCCUCUGAGUCAGCUCAAAGACGUUCUGGUAUCUGUGUGUGUGUGUGUGUGUGUGUGUGUGUGUAUGUGUGUGUGUAUCUCCUAUAUACGUGACAAUUUUACGUCAGUGGAAAGUUACAAAUUGCUUGGAAGAAAAUCCUUACCCAAUAAAA